UUUUCCACUGCACAUCUUUCGUUGACUGAUGGCAGCGGGGGCAGAGUCAGACAUCUGUAGAGGAAUAUCGAGAGCUGUGCACGAGAGUAACCCGCGCGCUGGGGAGCGCAGCGCCUAUGUGAAAGCGUGUGUGUCCCCUCUGUAUCAGGACAGCGGUUGCCAGUGGUUUUGUCCGAACGCAAGCUGGAGGUGUGGUAAACUGUCGUCUGCGGCGUGCGUCGGCUCCGUGUCGUUUUGUCUUGCCUUGCUGCUUAGAUUUGUUGACUGGGAUGUGGAGCCCAGCUCCAGCUGUAACAGUGCUCUCCAGGCUGACUCGGGAUCUUCUUUCCUCUUCGUGAACAGAGGUGUGGUGGAGUUCUCCUUCGCCUUGUGGCAUCUGAUCGCACCUAUUUUCACACUGGUGAGUGCCUUCUUCUGGGCCGGCCUUUACUUGAUCCGCUGCGGAGUGCUGGACCGAACCAUCGUCUUCCUGCUCACCCUGUGUCACUUGGGAGAAGCGGCGGCGCAGGCGUUCUUGCAUGGCUCGGACGAGCAGCUGCACUCUCUGACGGCUAGCGUGGUGGUGCUCGGCUGCUUGGCAAGCGGGGCACUCAUGGUGAUGCGACUGGGCCAGGGCAUCUCCGUCAUCGUCUUCAUCAGCAUCAUCAGAGCCGCCUCGCUUAUUUCUCUGCACAGAGUGCGCGCGAGCUGGAGACCCUACUUGGCGUACCUGGUGGGGGUCCUGGGCGUCCUGCUGGCGAGGUAUGCUGACAGGCUGCUUCCGAAUCAGGCAAGCCAACUGGAGGGCUGCACCUCCGUGACAGGGUCUAGAGAGGACCUUCUCGUGUUUAAAAGGCGCAGGAGAUCCAGCUCCGUCGUAUCUUCAGACAUGGCACAGCACGGCUUCGAGGCCAGCAGCAAGUCGCACAGGAGAACCUCCCUGCCAUGCAUCCGGAAAGACCAGUCCUCAGGCACCAGUGUUAUGGUGGACAUUGCAGUGAUGGGUGAAGCCCAUGGACUAAUCUCAGACCUCCUAGCUGACCCAUCACUGCCUCCCAACACCUGCAGCUCAUUGAGAGCUGUUAGUAAACUGCUCAAUACCCAACUCACAUUUCAGCCCCUGCACCACCGGGCACGCAUCAACCCUCUGCUGGUUUCCACCGAUGGAUACCCCUGCACUGACUUCGAGGAGGGUCUUGAGAAGAGUGAUAGACUGGCUAUCCCUAAGCACCGUUUGCGACGGAGUUUGCCUUCUGGGCCUCUUCGGCGCAUUUCCUCUUCCUGGACAACUACCACCUCUGCCACAGGGCUUCCCACCAUUGAGCCAAGCCUGGUCAGGCGAGACCACAAUUCCACCAUCAACAAACCCGUUCAUGACAAUCCCUCCUGCAGGUCCAUGUCUGCUUCCCACAUCACCUCAGCCCCCAACUACCUCUACAACAAAGUCAGGCAAGUAGGUUACCAUCCCUUCAGCAACUCACCAAUGGCCUCACCUUGCCACUCGCCUCCAGUCCAGGGAACCUCAGUGAACAGCCCCACCAGUAAGGUGCCCUCAAUGGACCUGCCCGAUUCUGGGGCCCUUCAGGGCAAUUACCUCUCACCAGGGUCGUCUCCCCGAGCCUUAACCUGCAACUCCCCCAGUUCCAGAACCUCACACUGGGCUCUCCCAUUACUCUGUAGCAGCUGUGGAAGGCCAUAUAGCAAAACGUGGCAUGGACAGGAUUCUCCAGACAAAGUUGACAAAACACAGCUAUCAGAUGAUCCAGUGCUGGUGUCUUCUGACUGCGACAGUACCUAUGAAACAAAUCACAGUGACAGCAGUGAUUUUGCACAGAAUGAGGAGGAUGGAGGGGCUCGAAGACAGCCCUACAACAUGCAGGAGCUUUGCAGGACAUUGCAAGCAGAUACCCUUCUCUUACAUCCCUUACUACCAUCAGAGAACAAACCUAUUCUAGCCCCUGAACCGCUGGUGAUGGAGGGCCUGGAGCCUCUAAUGAGUCAGAUCAACAAUUGGAACUUCCCAAUAUUCAGCCUGGUGGAGAAAACUGAGGGAAAGUGUGGACGCAUCCUAAGCCAGAUGUCUUACAGGCUAUUUGAAGACACUGGCCUCUUCAAACUCUUCAAGAUCCCAGUGAAGGAAUUCAUGAAUUACUUCCAUGCCUUGGAGAAUGGUUACAGGGACAUCCCAUAUCAUAACAGGAUCCAUGCAACAGAUGUCCUCCAUGCUGUCUGGUAUCUUACCACACAGCCUGUGCCAGGCUUACCUUUGCUGGCUCACGGCUCUAUAUCAGUCAGUGACUCAGACGCUGUCAGUGGGAUCAGUCACGGUAAUACAGAUUAUCUGUUCUCUAAAACCUACCCAAAAAUGGAGGAUGGCUAUGGCUGUCUUUCAGGGCUUAUUCCUGCCUUGGAGCUGAUGGCACUGUAUGUGGCAGCAGCCAUGCAUGACUACGACCAUCCUGGCAGAACCAACGCCUUUCUGGUGGCCACCAGUGCUCCACAGGCGGUGCUGUACAACGACCGCUCAGUUCUGGAGAAUCACCAUGCUGCCUCUGCCUGGAAUCUAUUCAUGUCCCAGCCUGAGUACAACUUUCUGGCCAACCUAGACCACGUGGAUUUCAAGCGCUUUCGCUUUUUGGUUAUCGAGGCCAUUCUAGCCACUGACCUGAAAAAGCACUUUGACUUUUUGGCUGAGUUCAACGCUAAGGUGGGGCAUGAAGGUUGCUCAGGUAUUGACUGGUCCCAUGAGAAUGACCGACUUCUGGUCUGCCAGAUGUGUAUCAAGCUAGCUGAUGUUAACGGGCCGCUGAAGCACAAAGAUCUUCACCUGCAGUGGACAGAGGGCAUUGUCAAUGAGUUUUAUGAGCAAGGUGAUGAGGAGGCCAGCCUGGAAUUACCCAUCAGCCCAUUCAUGGACCGCUCAGCCCCCCAGCUAGCCAAGUUGCAGGAGUCUUUCAUCACACACAUCGUAGGGCCGCUCUGCAGCUCCUAUGACACAGCUGCCCUCAUGCCUGGCCGGUGGGUGGAGCCUCAGCCCAGUGAUGCUGAAGAAGGAUCUGGUGUGGAGGAGACUGAUGAAGAAGAAGAAGAAGAAGAAGAAGAUUCAACCGAGGAAGAUGCCUCCACCAACUCAGAUCAGUCUCAGAAACUGAUGCCCAACAUGCGACAGAAAGUCUUCUGUCAGAUCACUCAGUACCUUUUGGAGAAUCAUGAAAUGUGGAAGAAGGUCAUUGCUGAGGAGGCCCAAAGCCAAACAAAGCCAAACAAAGCCUCUGACCCAAUCCUGGCCAUUCACGAAGAGGAGGAGGAGACAAUAAGCAAGGACAAGCCAACAGUGGACCAGGAGCAAAAAACAGAAGGAGGAGAGAUAUGGCCAUCAGAGGAGCAGCGAUAUGACGCAUCAAUAGAAGAUGAACAGACUGAAUAAAGUGAGGACACGAGAAAGCAACAGGAAACAGUUAAGAAAUAUCAGGAAACUGAAACUCAAGACACAAGCUGUAGAAAAUCAUGGAGAGAAAAAUACGGAGAUGGGAUGAGACUUCGGAGGAUCAGGAGAUAUGGAGUGAACGAGAGAGUUAUCUAGUCUAGGAUAUUGUCACAAAGCCUUUAUUUCCAAACAAGACUCCUGAUAAAUGGUUGCCAGCACAUCACUAAGACACAACACUGUAGAUUCUUUAGGUGAACAAGUUUCUAUACGAAACAAGGGUGGUAUCCGAGCGUCUUCGGGUAGGGCUUAUUUGCUAGAUCCAAUAAAAUGGGAUUUCUGAAAUUAACAUGAAAACUCCCCACUCUGGUGGUGGCCAAACCACCAAUUAGUUCCAAAACAACUUCCAUGACCAGGGUCUCAGUUAUGUGUACUUUUUAGUCUAUUCAUUUCAGCAAGUAUUUUUAAGGACCCUGGUAUUAGACUGAUGCAAGAAUGAAGUCCGUCAUGAUACACCUAGCCCCUUUUGAGCUCAUAGCAAUGUGAUGGGGAAGUACACAUUCCUUAACACUCAAAUACACCAUAAUCCAUAUGAAGGAAAGAAGGUUCAGGAAAUAGCAUGCACCACAUGUGUAACACUACUUAUCUAAUCUUUUUUCUUUUUAAGUUAAAAACAUCUGUCCUUUUCUUUUGUUUGCCACUUGAUUUCCUGUGCAAGUUUCAUGCCUCCACAGGUUCACCACCUGCCUGUAGAGUUAGGCACCAUGACUUUGCAGGUACACUAGUGAAUGUUCAAGUGUUUGUCCUUGUUAAUAUAAAUUACCUGUUACUUUUUUCAAAAUCAUUUUUCAGGUUUUUUUUUUUUUUUUUGGGUUGCAAUAGCUUUCGUUUGUGACCUGACAUUCCUGUUUAUCAAGACAUAACAGCACUGUAAAUACUGUGUAACAUUUCUUCCUUUCGAAUACUUAUUCUGCCAGUGCACAUUUGGAAAAACAGAAUCUCCUGUUUUUAUAUGGUUAGUUAGAAAGACGUUACAUAGACACUACGUACUAAAGCUCCAGCUCUAUUCAAGUUCAUACCUGUGUGUUUUUGUAUAAUAUGAUUCUUUAAAGAUGAAGUAUGCAAUGCAGUUACUUUGCUUAUUAAAACCGAAGUAAAUCAAUUCCACACAAUCCCACAUCCUAUAGUUAGGACACAGCAUGUAUUCAGUCCUGGUAUUCGUGCCAUUUCAGCCUUCUGUGUCUUUGACCCACACGUUUGAAUUGCCAGUUAUCAGCCGAAUCUUAGAUCUGUUGGUCAUUUCAUGCAUCUUGAGUAGCAAGUAUAUAUCCAUAUAGAGAUUAUAUACAUAGAAAUGCAAGUGUAAAUGCACCCAAAGACUCAAACCUGAUUGUUUUUCUAAUUUUGCCUCAAUGCUCGUAUGAUUCCUUUUUUGUUACAUGUUUAAUACAGAAAGCAAACAGCUUUCACCCAGUUCCAAAAAUAAAAAAACAAAUAUGACGUGCCCUGCUUGGAGGCUAAAGAGAAAGCAUUGGAUAAAGUCAUGCACUCUCGCUAAACAAGGAAGGCCACUCAUACUCCAGCCAUCCGAUAGCUGCUAUGUCCUAGAGGCACCGUAGUCAUGCACAUAGGCAUGUGAACUGCUAAGCAGCUAACCCCUGUAACUCAAAGGAGAACCCCACAUAGGCAUGAGACAUGGUGUAUCGACACAUGCAAGAGAGCAGUUCACUACAAACAGCUACAGCACCGAUGUGUGCUGCCUGGGCUGCCUUAGACACAGGGACAAAGGGAGAAGCCGAUUGAUUGUGACUGCAGUUCAGGGAUAGAUAAUGCAGUCUGAUGUUCUUUUAUAGACGUAAUCAGCUUGCGCCUGAUGCUACUGUGCCAUAAUUUAGAAGGGGUGCUAAUUAAAUUUGUAGAAUUGCAAAGUGGGAAUUGGGUGUUUGUCUUUGCACCUCAGUUUAGUUUAGAAAUCCCCACUUCAAUUUGCAGCAUAAUGUACGCUUUCUUAUCAACAGCCAGCACAUUAAGCAAUACUGACACAUACUGUAGACUGAUGGUAGUUUUAUGAUUGCCAUCAUAUUAUUAUGAAGUUGGGCAUAAUAUAUAUUUUUUCACAGUGCAGCUGUUUGUGCCAAAUAUUACUUCAAUAAACAACUGCGUUGUUGAAGCUUUUUACGGAUAAUAAGGUAUGUGUACGUCAGGUGUGCUUUCUCUGUGUGUGAGUGCAUGUUUGUAUGGAAUCAAGUUGAGUUCAUUUGGAAUCAAAUCAAUUUUUUUUAAUAGUGCCUAAAAAAGAAAAUACUCUGAGGCCUUACUGACUAACAAAAAAGCAUUUAGAUAAUACAAACAAAACUGAGGAGAUGACGCUUUUGGCACCAUGUUUUCUUUGUAUUUUUUCAUUACUUUUUGCUAUGUAUAUAUAUAUAUAUAAAACAGAAGAAGGAGAGAUAUGGCCAACAGAGGAACACUGACACGAGAGGAAAGUUGUUUCUGAGUAUACUCAUUAGCCAGGUCUAUUUACAUUGGGUCCACAUGAAAUUUCUUAUUAGGUUUCAUACGAAUGAAGGGGAUCCAACUUGACAAUGAAUAAAAGACUGAACAAUUUAUUUGUUUAAAAGCAGUUCCCGAGUAGCGCAGGGGUGAUGUGCUCAGCUAGGAUGUAGGAGAGGUCUUCAUGUGUCGUAGAGAAAAUGCCCAGACUGUAACCUUCAUUUGAUUUGGGAUAAAUUAAUUUCAUUUUUUAGAGGUUUCUUUUUGUUGUUGUUGUUUUAAUUGUUGGUUUAUUGUUUUAAAGUGUGCAUAGACUGAGCUGAAUGUCUACUUUAAGGUAAAUAUGCAGCUUAUUCACAAGUAAAGUUCAAGUAUGGUACAGUCAUUAAUAAGCAUCUGGCUAGUGUCUAAAUAGUAUUUUCGAAAUAUUCUUCAGAGUAGACACAAAAACACGUAAUAAUUUUAGUAAGAAGAAUAGUUUUCAUCCCAAGUAAAAAAUGAAAACAGUAGGUAUACCAUGAUAUAUGUGCUAAAGUACUAAAGUAUAAUAAAUUUUCAGUAAGGGAUUCUGACUUACUGAAUAGACACAACGCAGGACCAUGUUGGACAUGCUAUUUAAAAUGUAGUUAGCCAAGCUACAAGUAUGUGUAAGUAUACAUAAAAAGUAUGUAUCUCAGCCACACGUUAUAGUCAAGAGUAGCCUUUAAUGUUGCUGAAGAAAACACUGCACCCCAACCAUAAAAAAUACUGUAUAUUGUGUAUGUUCAGGAAAUGGAAUGGUUUGGCAUUUAAAAACAAUACAAAACAAUUAAUAAAACAUUUCUAAACUACUUGCAAUUCACUCUAACAAAAAAACAUUAUGCUAACAAAGCGAUGCUACCACUUUGGUACUGGAAUACUAAUAGCUUGACACCACUGCCCAACACUGACCCCACCUGUGAGUAAAUAAGAUGUUUAUAUUAUUUCCUAGAAUCCAACUUGUUAAGUGUGGUUACAGAUUCAAUCUUUACUGAAAAGAAAGAAAGGACAACUAUUUGCCCUGUUUAAAAACUGACUCGGUGUUGAUCAGCUGCUAAUGGUAAAAGGCAGUGACGACUGUGUAAGAUUUUUUUGUGUGGUGGCUCAAUGAUGCGAAUCAUAUAUAAUAUCCCUUCUACUGUGGUUGUGAUUGCUCUGUCCUCACUCUUGUCAAUGACUAAACUGAAGCGUCAUAUUAAAAUGUUAAACAAUAAACUAUGACAGAGUGGCAUUGCAAACAUUGUAGAAAAUACUGCAGAAAAAAGUGUAUCAAUUCCUCAGUCAUGUUUGCAAUAUCUAAAUAUUUUUGCAGUAGAGUGAGGCCUCAUCUUUGUGAUACACUCUAUGACCAAAUGUUUGUUGACACCUGACCAUCACACCCAUUUGAGGGCUUUCCCCAAAUUGGAAACAUUCAAUUGUAUAGAAUAAAAUUUCCCUUUAUGAAGACAUGGUGUGUGAAGGUUGGAGUGGAAGAACUCGAGUGUCCUGCACAGAGCCCUGACCUCAACCCCACUGAACACCUUUGGGAUGAACUGGAACACCGACUGAACCCCAGACCUCCUCGACAUCCCAACAUCAGCGCCUGACCUCACUAAUGCUCUUGUAGCUGAAUGAACACAAAUCCCCACAGCCACGCUCCAACAUCUAGUGGAAAGCUUCCCAGAAGAGUGGAGCUUAUUAUAACAGCAAAGGGGGAAUAAAUUUGCAGUGGGAUGUUCAACAAGCACAUCUUCUGUGUGAUGGUCGGGUAUCCACAAACUUUUGGCCGUAUAGUGUAUGUUCUUUUUUGUCACCAUUAAAGACCUCAGUUUGACUCCAUAUGUGUGUGCUAAAACAUUAUAAAUGGUAAGGCAUAGGACUAUCUCUGUAAGUGUGACCUUGUAUGAAGACGUUUUUUUUAUUCAGCAAAUGCAGACUGAAGCAUUCUUUAAAAUCAUACGCAGAAACAGAUGGUAUCUGCUGUAAUCAAGCUACUUUUCAAUCAAUAUUUGGGCAAUAUUCUCAUUCAUCUUCCUAUUUAUUUUAGGCAUCUCAAUCUUUAAGGCUAACUUCACCGUAUGUUACUAGGACUUUCUGGUUGCAAGUAAGCAAGGAAGUAUCACCUGGCAUAGUCAUUCCAAAGUACAUCACUACUACUAAUGUUACCUUGGUAAAAUAAAUAGGUUAAUAUUUAUGUAGUAAAAUUAAAAAAUCACAUGAAGUAUCGCAAGCCUUCACUAUCCUGUUAUAAAACUUCAGAGCAUUUUAAUUAUUUAAAUUGUAUAUUCACCAUCCAUUUAACUUUCCCUCCUGGUGAUAAGAUUUUAUGUACUUCCAUACAGUUCAGACUCCACAGUAUUGUGACCUUGUUUGGACUCUUCUAAUGUUUUAAAACAUCACAUACUCAUGAUAUAGCAGUGUCCCUGAGACCAUCAGACUGAGAUCAACGUCAUUACUUUAAUCUAUUUAGAACAAGGUCAUUCCUUUUAUCUACUUUAUCUACUGUCAAUUUGCAUUAUUUUUCUUUUUUUUUUUUUUUUUUGUCUUUAGUUUGUGACUUGAGAUUCCUGGUUGUCAAAAUACAGCAGCAUUGUAAAUAUUGUGUAACACUUCUUUCUUUUAAAUUUUUAUUCUGCACACUGAGGGGAAAAAAUGCCUGUUUUGUAUGGUUCGCUAAUUUUCAUAAAGUCAUCAAAGCUCUCACUAUUUUAUAUGGGAAAUUUUUCUUCGAAGGUAAUUUAUUAAACAUAUUUGCAUACUAGAUACUAAAGUUUCUAUAUUUCCAGCUCUAUUCAAACUCAUCUCUGUGUUUUGUUAUGAUUCUUUAAUGAUGAAGGGUGAAAUAUAGCUGUGCUCAUUCAUGUCCCAGCUAACGUCUAAACCAUUCCCCUGGAAUUCCAUAUGGUAUACUUAAGUAGACGAACAUGUAUUCAAUCAUGGCAUUGGUGCCAUUUUAGCCCUUUGUGUAUUUAACCUGCUGAAUUUAAAAAAACAAAAACAAAAAAAAAAAACGCAAACCUGAUCAGGAACUAUAAAGUUCCACAUACAGUAUCUUAAUUCAUAGAUCAUGCAUGUGAUUAGAUAGAGAAGGUAGGUAGAAAGGGACAGAAUUUUGUUGUCUGUUUAUGUUACCAGUAGAUUUAUUUCACUGUCCUGCAUGUGCCUUUUUGAUACUGUUUAUGGUUCAGUUCAGUCAGAAUAUUGCAGCUUCUUGCUUGUCCUUCUAUUUUAUUAUUAUCUGUAUUACACAAGUUCGGUGAGUGAAUGAAAAGUUUGGUUUCCUGUUAAUAAUUAUACAAUAUACACAGUGUUUAUAUUAUGGUGAAUCAGGGUAAAGAAAGCAUGGAUAUGCUGAAUUUAUCCAUCAAAGCCUUGGCUUUGUCCAGUCACAACAACCUGUUUUGGUAAGGAGGCAUGUUCAUAUGAAAUCAUACAGUUGUUGACUUGGGAAACAUUUUAUCUGAUGCCUGAUUUUCUUUCAUUGUCAUUCUUAUCCUCCUUGUUUGUGUCUUUUGUCAGUCUGUAACUGUUGUCAGCCUGUUAUCUAUAUGCACCUGGUGAUGGUGGUCAUUGUGCACUCUUCUUUCACCAAAAGAAAUACAUAAGAUUCACACUCUCGACAUGAUCAGUGAGAAACGUUUUUAUAUGUGAUGGGUACCUCACUGGCCAAAAAAAAUUCUUUUCUUCUCACUAGUAUGUUGCACUUAAGAUAUGUAGCAAUACCUAUACAAAAGGGAGCUGUACAAUUCACCAGUAUUUAUGAAGUAAAAUAUUCAGUUUAUUGAUGUCUAUUGUUCCAUUUUGUACAAAACACGAUAUUGUUAAUGGAGGGCAUGGAGAAAACAAUAACAAAUGUCUUUUGAAUAAACAUUAUUUAUUUUUAAUGUUUUAUAAUUUACUCACUAUCCUAUAGCUUCUCUAUGGCCAGAAAAUGCUGGAAGUGCCUCUUGGUAAAAUGUAUUAUACAAGAAAUAUAUACUGAUAUUACUAGAAUUUGUCACUAUCUGAACAUUGUUUAUGUUAUGUGAAUACAGUUUAAUACUGUAUUAAAUGUUGUGAUAUUCA